ACAUUUUGGCCCAUUACUCCUCCUUUUGCUCUCUCUUUGUUCCCAUCCCGUUGUUGGCGGUACACUCUCUCGGGUUGACUUCUAAAGUCGCUCAUGAUGAUUGUGAAUCUGUCCGUGUUGGCGUUUGCCGCCACCAUACUGUCUGCAAAUACUCUUGUCGUUGCGCUCUCAGCUGGGGAUAUCCCCUCGGACACUCCUAUAUCAGCUCUCCUUGCUUCCGCCAACUCACAUCUGGCAAAGGGAGAGACGAACGAUGCUCUCACCUACUACGAUAUCGCUAUCUCCCGCGAUCCCCAGAACUACCUCACGUACUUCAAGCGUGGGGCGACCUAUCUCUCUCUCGGACGGACUGCCCAAGCGUCGCAGGAUUUCGAUAAGGUUCUCGAAAUGAAACCUGGCUUUGAGGGGGCUCUUCAACAACGUGCAAGAAUAAAGGCCAAGGGCGGGGAGUGGGAGGCGGCGAAGAGGGAUUAUAUUGCCCAUGGCAAUUCGAAAGAAGAGUUGAGGGAGCUAGAGGAGGCCCAAGGGGCCGCCGCGUUGGCAACUAUUGCGGAGAAGAAUGGUGACUGGGAGGAAUGUGUCUCCCAAUCUGGGGCUGCGAUCAUGGUAGCAAGCAGGCUGUUAUCAUUACGCAAGACGAGAGCUCAUUGCCGCUUCGAACGAGGCGAAGUCCAGGAAGGCAUGAGUGAUCUGAAGCACGUUCUACAGAUGCAGCCAGGUUCGACGGAGCCUCAUAUGCAGAUCUCUUCCAUCACAUUCUACUCUCUUGGAGAUCUGGAACCUGGAAUGGAGCAGCUUCGGAAAUGCCUGCAUUCUGAUCCCGAUUCUAAGAGCUGCAAGAAGCUAUACAGGCGGGAGAAGACUCUCGACAAACAACUGACCCAGGUUAAUAAGUAUUUCGAAAAACAUCAAUACGCUUCUGCUCUCAAAGUCCUACUCCCGUCAGCCGAGGAUUCGGGCCUCGUUCAAGAUAUCAAGGACGAUGUGAAGGAGUUACGCGAAGCCGGUACAAUCCCAAAGCACGCACCCAACAAUCUUGUUGCCCGCGUUGUUGAAAUGGUUUGCGAGGCUUAUCAUGAGACGAAAAACUACAAGAAAUCCAUCCCCUGGUGCGAGGAAGCUCUGACAUACAAUGAGCACUCCCUAUAUGGCCUUCUUUCAAAGGCGCAGGCCCAUAUGACAGCCGAAAACUUCGAGGCUGCCAUCUCGUCUCUCAAUACCGCUAAAGAGCAUCACCCCGGGGCGCAUCAGAUCAACCAAUUGCUCCAAGAUGCACAGAUUAAGCUCAGACAAAGCAAGACCAAGGACUACUAUAAAGUCCUUGGAGUCCCACGGGAUGCAGAUGAGCUGCAGAUCAAGUCAGCAUAUCGGAAAAUGAUCAAAUUGCACCACCCUGACAAGGCGCGCAAAUCGGGCAUCUCUAAGGAGGACGCAGAGAAGAAAAUGGCAUCGAUCAAUGAGGCGUACGAGGUACUCAGUGACCCGGAGCUGAAAUCGAGAUACGACCGUGGUGAUGAUCCAAAUGAUCACGAGCAGCAGCGCCAUAACCCAUUCCAAGGCAAUCCGUUUGGCGGGGGCCAUCCUUUCGCACAACACAGCCAUGGACAUGGAGGGCAGUUUAACUUCAAAUUCGGAGGAGGCGGGUUUCAGUUUGGGGGUUGAAAGGGCGCUUUUUUGGGUGGAUUUUCUGGCGUUCGGGUUGACGGUAGCUCAACACUUUGGUUACCUUAAAAGAGACAAGGGCCUAUGUACAGUAUAAACGGCACUGGGUGUACCCAGAUAUGAUUACACUUUCAUG